GGUCUCUCUCUCCUCUCUCUCUCUGGCUCUCAUGCAUACACACGGGCGCACACAACCCAGAGCCACACACCCAGACACACGCUGUCGGGGAAGCCCCGCCCGCAGCCGGCUCGGCCACAGCCCCCUUUUGUUCCUUCCUCGAAGCCGGGGGGGGGAAAGAGGAGAGGAGCGCGGCGCCGGCUCGUCCGCAGCCCGUUCCGAGUCGGAGAAAGGCCCGACCCGGGGGCGAGUCGGGGAAGAUGCUGUGCGAGCCGCUCGGGGCCGGGGGAGGCAGCUCCCGGCCCUCCCAGCCCGCCGCUCCCGCCUCCGGCCCCCGCACCGGCCCGCACUGACACGGCCCGGCCCGGCCGGGGCGGGCCGGGAUCGGGAAGGACCGGCCGGGACCCAGGCAGGAUCAGCUAGCGGCCGGCACCAGACGGGACCGGCCGGGACCGGGCGGGACGGGCCGGCAGCAGGCGGGACCGGGCAGGAGCGGGCCCCCCUGUGCGCCAUGGGGUCCCGGCUGAGCCGGCAGAGCAGCCUGGAGGAGGAGAGCAUCCCCGGGGAGGAGUCGGGCCCCGGGCCCGGGAGGAAGGAGCCGCAGCGGAGGCCGGAGGCCGGAGGGGGGGACUUCCAGCUGGCCUCCCUGCUGCUGGGCUCCGAGAAGCUGCCCGGGGCGCUGAGGAAGAGCAGCCCGGCGCCCUACGUGCGCAGGGUGGGCUGGAUCCGAGAGAUCCAGGCCACCCUCCGCCAGCAGAAGAGGGACCACGCCGUGCACAUCCUCCGGCUUCUCCGAAAGGACCUAGGGCUGGAGGGAACCCUUCUCAACGAGAUCCUCUACAAAAACGCCACCUUUCUCAACCUGGUGGACCCCAUCUCCCACGAUCUGCUCAUGAGUCUCGCCCGGGACCUGCAGUGCCCCAAAAAGGACUACGACCCCUGGAAGUCCUCAGACCGGAUCUGUCGGCAGCUCAUUUACCACCUGACUCCCCACUCCAAAUGGCAUCGGCACAGCCUGCCCAGGAGGAAGCCCCAGGCGUGCCUGAAGAGCAGCCUGCAGAAGAAGCUGAGCCAGGAGUCGGUAGAUCUGUCGGGGAUCCCCCUCACGGCGCGGGACGUCCACCGCAUGGCCUACUACCUGCAGAGCAACGGGGACGGCCUCACCACGGUGGACCUGAGCUUCACGGAGCUGAGCGACGAGCUCCUGCGCUUGCUCAUGCCUUUUCUGUGGGCUCUGCCCAAGCUCACCCACCUCUCCCUCAACGGCAACCGGCUGACCCGGGCCACCAUGAAGGAGCUGACCGACGCCGUCAAGGACAUGAACAAGUUCCCCUCCCUGGCCUGGGUGGACCUGGGCAACAACGUGGACGUCUCCUCCAUGCCCCAGCCGCUCCUGGUCGGGCUGCGCAAGCGCCUGAGCCAGCAGACCACGCUGCCCACCAUCUACGAGGCCCUCGACUGCGACCCCGAGCCGGCCGGGGGCCACCAGCCCGGGAUCCUGGAGGAGGAGGCCCGGGAGGAGGAAGAGGAGGCGGAGGACGACGAGGCAAGGAAGGAGAAGGAGACAGAGGAGUCGGCAGAGGAGAAGGAAGAGGAGGGAGCCGGGGAGGAGGUGGAAGCCAGGGGAGAGGACGUGGAGAGCCCUUGGGGCCUGGCCGACCCGGGCCCCUUCUCCCAGCCGUGCUGUGCGAGGUGACCACCCGUGGGCCCCGGCGGUCAGAACGAAGCCCAGGCUGAGAGAACUUUCAAGAUGGCGGGGAAGGAUCGGCUCUGGGGCCUCCCGCUGGUGCUUUUCUCCCAGACUCCUGCUGUGUUGUCAAUGAAACCCCUGCCCUCCCUCUCCCACCCCCACUCCCCAGCGGCAGCCGGUGGCCCCCAGGUGGUCAGAGGGCGAAGACCCCACCCCCACCCCCAGGAGGGGCCGUCUCGGAGCGGGCAGGUCCCUCUGGGCACUCGAGAUCCAUUCCUCGGCCUCAUACGAACACAUCUCUCGCUUCCCUUGAUCAGGCGCUGGGUAUUUCGGGUCAGGGGGCCCACCCCCGCCCAACUGGUUUGGGCAUCGGGGAAACUCUGGUCAUCUCAGAUCCUGCUCUGUCCCUUCCUCCCUCCCUCCACUGAGCUCCGUUGGGGUUGCUUUCCCCCAAGUUCCCCUCCCUCCCCUCCC